GGCCUUUUCAACAUGUCAAUCCUUUCUGCCAUGACAUGGUCAGUGAAUAAUUUCCUGAUGACGGGCCCCAAGGCCUAUCUCAUCUACUCCAGCAGCGUGGCGGCCGGGGCGCAGAGUGGCAUCGAGGAGUGCAAGUUCCAGUUUGCCUGGGACCGCUGGAACUGCCCUGAGAGGGCAUUGCAGCUCUCCAGCCACGGUGGGCUGCGCAGCGCGAACCGAGAAACCGCCUUUGUCCAUGCCAUCAGCUCUGCAGGUGUCAUGUACACACUCACCCGGAACUGCAGCCUCGGGGAUUUUGACAACUGUGGCUGUGACGACUCCCGCAAUGGACAACUGGGGGGGCAAGGCUGGCUGUGGGGAGGCUGCAGCGAUAACGUGGGCUUUGGGGAAGCCAUUUCCAAGCAGUUUGUGGAUGCCCUGGAGACUGGACAAGAUGCCAGAGCUGCUAUGAACCUGCAUAACAACGAGGCGGGUAGAAAGGCAGUUAAAGGGACCAUGAAGCGGACUUGCAAGUGCCAUGGUGUGUCAGGGAGCUGCACCACCCAGACCUGCUGGCUGCAGUUGCCCGAGUUUCGGGAGGUGGGAACUUACCUCAAGGAGAGGUACCACAAAGCUCUGAAGGUGGACUUGCUGCAGGGGGCAGGGAACAGUGCUGCCAGCCGGGGUGCCAUUGCUGAGACCUUCAGCUCCAUCUCCAAGAAGGAACUGGUCCAUUUAGAAGACUCUCCUGACUACUGUCUGGAGAACAAGACACUGGGGCUGCUGGGCACAGAGGGCAGGGAGUGCCUGAAGAGGGGCAAGGCGCUCAGCAAGUGGGAGAAGCGGAGCUGCCGGCGGCUGUGUGGGGACUGUGGGCUGGCAGUGGAGGAGAGGCGAGCCGAGAUGGUGUCCAGCUGCAACUGCAAGUUCCACUGGUGCUGUGCUGUGCGAUGCGAGCAGUGCCGCAAAAGGGUCACCAAGUACUUCUGUGUCCGCAAGGAGAAGCGGGAGCGGAGCGGAGGUGGCGGGGCCAGCCACAAGCUCAAGAGAAAGCUCUGACUUGCUUCCAUGGUCCUGCCUGCCCCUCUCCUCUCCUGCCCUACCCAUCAGCCCCCGGCACCAUUUCCGUUUGGCCUAGUUUUGUCUCAUUCCCAUUGCUGCCUCACUGGGGAUUGGGCAAGGAAAAAGAGCGUUGUAUGAGUCCCCAGGUCUUGGCCACACAAGGCAUUAGUGCAGUGGGUGAUGACUUCUGGGGAGACCUUCAAGUGUUGAAAAAACAA